GCGAGGCGAGGCGCCUCCUCGGGCCGCGUGGAAAGUUGCGGGGCGGAGGCAGAGCCCCGCGGCAGAGCCCAGCGGGUGCGGGCGUUGCGCCCCCGCCGCCGCACCUGCCUCACGGCCGCCCCCGGCCCGCCAGGCGCCGCCCCGUUCCCCCGGGCCGAGGCGAGGCCGGACCCGGCCGCCCCCCCCGCCGCGCCUCACGCCCCGCCGGCAUCUCCCGGCGGUUAUUAACCGCUGCCGCCGGUGGGGAGCGGCCGCUGCCGGGAAGAUGGCGAGCCGCAGCCUCCGCCUGCUGCUCCUCGGCUACUUGGGGGUCCUGAGCUAUCGUAAAGUGUCUGGAAUUUCCAUUGAAACGGAUAACAAAAACGUAAAAGCAGAGGAGUUUAAGGAGGCUAUUCUUAGUUGCAAGCACAAAUUUUCAAAAGGGAUGAGCUUAAGAAUAGAAUGGAAGAAAAUCCAGUCUCAAGGAGUCUCAUUUGUCUACUACAAUGGUGAAUUUACAGGUGAUCUUCGAGGCCGAGCAGAGAUGCUGAAUACAGGAAUCCGUAUUAGAAAUGUGACUAGAAAAGAUUCUGGGACCUACCGUUGUGAAAUCAGUGUAAAGAGUGAAGAGGGGCAACACCUGGGAGAAGCUACUAUUACUCUCACAGUAUUGGUUGCUCCGACUACGCCGGUGUGUGAGGUACCCAGCUCUGCAAUGACAGGAACAGUAGUGCAACUGAGCUGUAAGGAGACUGAGGGGUCUCCUCCGUCUGAGUACCAGUGGUACAAGAAUGGUGUUGCCUUACUGGAAAAGACAGGAACAGGCAGUGCUAGAGCAGCAAACAUAACCUACACCAUGAAUAAGAAGUCUGGCACUCUGCUAUUUAACACAGUUACAAAGAAUGACACUGGAGAGUAUUUCUGUGAAGCCUCCAAUGGAAUUGGAUUAUCUCAGAAAUGCUCAGUGAAGCGAAUGCAAGUUGAUGACCUUAAUGUAAGCGGUAUCAUCGCUGCUGUAGUAUUUGUGGCUCUGGUAAUGGCAUUGUGUGGCCUUGGAGUAUUUUAUGCCCAAAAAAAAGGCUACUUUACAAAGGAAAGCUCUUCCCAAAAGAAGACCAACUAUCAAUCUACGAGUGAAAAGGAUUUCAAGCAUACCAAGUCCUUUGUUAUUUAGAAGAUUUCAGCCUCUGUGAGGGACAUCAAAUGACUACUUGUUAUACAAAAGUAUCAAAGGGAUCUUUUGACCUCUACUCUGUAAAUACUGUUGCCGCAUAGUCAUACAUGCUACAAAUAGAACCUGCCAAUGUUUAGAGGUAGUCAACCUGUCUGUGAUUGCUUUUUUUUUAAAAAAAAACCAACACAACCCCCCAAAAAACUUAACUUAAAGAUAGAACUACAUUGAAUACACAAAUCAGUUUGCGUGAAGACUUCUUAUUUUGUUCAUGUAUACAUGUAGCAAUACAGGAUUCACUCUUACAGCUUGGAACAAUGUAUUAUAUUCAUGUAACUUUCACAGGCGACCUUGCUACCACUCCUUCUACUACUUAAGUCUCCGCCUUUGCCAAGGGCUCAAGUUCUCCUGCAAUUCUGACAAAUUAGUACCUUGAUAUCGUAUUAGAAUUGCCACAGCCACCUGUAAAUGCAGACUUAAACUCAGUAAGCUUCCUGUAAUAGAGGCUCAAGGAGUGUUUUACUGUCUAACUUAAAAUGUCUACAGCUUACCUUCCACAAGGAAGUUAUCUCUCUGCAGACUGCAUAUGCAAUUUCAUUCUGAAGAAAACCCAUGCCAGUACAACUCGAGCUGUAAUAUCUGGACCCUAACUGCUGGAAAUGUCACAAAUAAAUAGUUCUCAGAACCUGGAA